UCCACCACCAGCAUGGAGGACACGCGUGGAUGUGGAGACGCCACAGACCCGGGAAACAAAUGCUCGGAUAACGACUUUGGAUCAUCCAAGCUGGGGACGAAGGAGCAUUGGGACGAUGCCUACGAGAAAGAACUGGAGACGUUCAAAGACAUUGGGGAUGUUGGUGAAAUAUGGUUCGGUGAGGAAAGCAUGAGCCGUGUGCUGCGGUGGAUGGAGAGAGCUGAGAUCCCCGAAAACGCUGCCAUUCUGGACAUUGGCACCGGAAAUGGAGCCUUUUUAGUUGAACUGGCCAAACACGGCUACAGGAACCUGUCGGGUAUAGAUUAUUCUCCAGCUUCAGUGGAAUUGGCCAGAAAUGUUCUGCGGGCGGAGGACUUGACAGAUGUCACCUUAAAGGUGAUGGAUUUCUUAAACCAUCAAGGCCAGCUGAAGGACUUUGACGUCUGCAUCGACAAAGGGACAUUUGAUGCGAUAAGUCUAAACCCACACAACACAGAGGAGGGCAAGGAACUCUACGUCCAGGCUUUAAAAGAUGCUCUGAAGGACAGAGGAUUCUUUGCCAUCACUUCCUGUAACUGGACCAAAGAGCAGCUGCUACACAGAUUCACUGAAGGAUUUGAGUUUGUACAGGAGUUGCCAACACCCAGUUUCCAGUUUGGAGGCCAAAGGGGAAACACUGUGUCAGCACUCAUCUUCAAGCGAGUGCAAUGAUUUACACGUCCCCAAAGAAUUUGAAUCCUGUUUAUUUUUUUCUAUUUAUCAGAGGAAUUGAUAAUGUAAUAUCUGUGCAAGAUAUUUGUAAUACAAGAUCUUAUAACGCAGGAUUCUAAAAACAUGGAGACAGUUUGGGUUCUGAUGUAUUAAGUUAAUACUGAUCCACAGUCUUUAACCAUCUGGGAUGUUUAUGCAAUUCUCAAGAUGAGUUGUAAAAUCCAAUUUCAGUUCCAAGAAUGUUUGUAUACUGUUGUUGAUGUCCUGAGCAGCUUCUCAUAUAAUCUUCCAGAAAUCAUCCUGAAGUCAUUUUAUAUCUGCUGCUUUCAAAACUGUUACAAAACCAAGAUGUCAUUUUGUCACUGAAGAUUAUUAAACUCACAUUGGAGGUGUUCUUAAAUAACAUGAUGUAAACUCAAACAGCUGACACUGAGAUAAACUGAUUUUGUGUAACAAGAAAUGCUUCCACAUGAAACCUUUUACGUCUGAUUAACAGAAGUUCUCGGAGGCCCUUGAUGUUUUCCAGGUCCGUGGCAUUAGGAGACUUUCACAAUAUGUGUGCCCUUCGUCUCUGUGCACCCACUGACACUUGUUUGACUGUAACGUAGCUUUCCUGAGGAUAUUUGUGGUAACAAGUCAGCCAGACUCUUAUCCUGCCUUUGUUUGUUUGAUUUGAGUAAUUAUCACAGACCUUGAGGCCACAAAUGGGGGAGGGGGCUAAACAAAAGUACCUUGCAUGUUUCCCUAUUUCAUAAAUCAUUGUGAAAGCC